CACAGAGACCAGGGGAGGUGGUGACAAGCGCCAGGUUAUGCUCUUCAAAAUUUGACGCUGGCACUGCUGAUUAGCAUCCGAUCUUAGGCUCCACGGGUGACACCGCACAGUUGGACGGCUUGCCUUGUUGCAAGCAAUUCGGCCUCUACGCCAUGGAUCAGUCGGCCUUCAGACAGCUUCUCUCGGCGAAAUCUUCUUCGGGGAGCGCAGCCAGCUCGAGCACGCCCGGAAAUUCAAGCGGGUCUAGCAGCUCGCACAUGAGAGCAUUUGGUGUAGCUCCCAAGCGCCCCACCGCGUCCGCAACGGGCCGCGGUGGGGCGAAUGUCUUUCAGCCUCGCAAGGUGGAGAAGCAGAGGCAGGACUCGCGUCCGAAUCAUCAGCAAGGCUCGAAAAAGAAGAAGGCUUCUUCGCUGGGAGAAGGAUAUGUCGAUCGCGCAGAGGCCCGACGCAGAGGAGACAAGGAUGAAUUUGCAGAUGCUGAAAAGCUUCUUGAAGGAUAUAAAUCCCGGAAUGAGGGCCGUGAUGCAUCUGAGCUGGAAGAGGAAAUGAGGCACCUAGGCGGAGACGAAAAGCAUUCUGUACUUGUGAAAGGCCUUGACUUUGCAUUGCUGCAAGCAAACAAGGAGAAGCUCAGAGGCGAAGGGAGAGUCGAUGCUUACGGGCACAAUGCGAUCGAAGAUGACGACCUGGAGGCUGCCUUUGCGCAAGGAGUAGCUGGUGCUAGAACUGAGCCUGAGGCACAUCUCACCGACCAAGGCCCUCUGUCUGCGGCGUCGGAUGAGUUCGCACGCGCCAAAAUGGAGGGAAAGUUCAAGCCGAUUGGUUUGGCGACAGGGUCAAACGAGAAACCAGAAUACAAGAUUGUCAACGGGAAGCGGAUGCGCAAGAAGCGCAAAAACCCGCCAGUGGAGGCGGCGCUGCCGGCGCCGGCGGCAAGGCAGGCAACGGAUCCAGCUGUGUCCUCACGAUUGCCGCAACGACAGCCAGAAGGCCGUGCCCCAACGAAGCAGUCCGUUGAUGUGAACACUGCCUUAGGAGAACCGAGUAUUACUUCUGCGCUUCAACGGACACCAAAGAAACCGCAUAAAAAUGUUGCUUCUCAGACGACAACAGGGGACAAUCAGAUUUCCGACUCUGACGUUGAACGCCAGCCCGAACGCGAGUCAGCAAGCGUGAAACGAGCAGAAUACCCUGCGCUAUCCGUAGAAAAGGCACCCACCCCAGCACUAGUAGCUGCGAGUUCGUCAAUACCGCAGGACCCUCUCGGAGAUGACGAUGAGGACAUCUUCGCAGGCGCUGGAGAGUGGGUGGGCGUGGCUGAUGAUGAGGACGAGGAAUUUGAACAAGAAUGUGAGACGAUAGAAGAAGAUGAUUGUACGCUCGCUCAGCCGUCCAAAAUAGGAUCUGGCAAGCGCGGCUGGUUCGCAGAUUUUGUUACAGAGAAGGACUCCAGUGGCACGCUGGAUAUUCAGCUUCCAUCAGGCUUAAGCAACAUUCUCGACUCCGCAAAGGCAUCAUCAUUCUCGGCUGUGCCAGGUGCGGCAGUAACGACUUCCAGCGCGGAUGCUGCGCGGCCAAAGUUGUCAGCGAGCACGGACAAGUCAGCAGCAGGCCCGGCAGGCACCGGCCGUUUGCAAGGCUUCUCCGACUCCGCACUGCCGUCGGAGGUGAGCCGGGAAAUGCUGAAGCGCGAGAUGGAGCGUGAGGGACGCCGUGCAGUGGCGAUCGCGAAUGCGCGAAGGGACCGCAAGGCGAAGCGUGCGCAUGCGGGUGCUGGCGCUGGGCCGAACGGGGAAGAUGGAGAGCGUGUCGACGGAGAUGAGGGGAGACAGGAGAAGAAAAGACGAGGAAAUAAUGGUCAUAGUGGAGGGGGAGGGGACGCGUAUGAUUCCGAUUGA